CGCAUGUAUCGUCCUUGAGGCGGGUCACGGGUGCCAUUUACAAGAAGAAGAUAGGAUUUUGUUAUUUGUUAUAUUAUUGUCGAAGAUUAUAGACAUAAUAAGAUGACAUUAUGUAGUGUAAAAAAUUGCAAAAGCAACCACAGAUCAGGAAGUAGUGUACAUUUUUUUCGGUUUCCUCUAAAUAAUGAAAAUCUUCUGAACAGAUGGCGUGCUGUUGUUGGAAAAGCAGAUUGGAAACCGAAAAAAACAAGUAGAAUUUGUAGUCUGCAUUUUAGUGAAAAAGAUAUUAUACGAGGCAUGGGAUAUAAAUAUUUUUAUUUACGUGAAAAUGCAGUACCAAGAGAUUAUUCUUCACGUGUCACAAAAAAAGAGCAGAUUAUCUGCUCAAUGUUAAAGUCAAAAGAGACGUACACGACUGCUAAUAAAUCUGUAAGCUCCAGUAAAACUUAUGUCUUGGACAAAAGUGCUGUAGAGGAUCACAACUAUUCAAAUAAUGAUAGUACUAUGAUUGAAAAUGAUGGAUCAAAUACAUUUGGCACUCAAGAUUCAAAUCACGUGGUUCAAAAGACACGUCUUUACUCAGAUAAGAAACCCGACGUUAUUCAAACUGAUUUUGAAAAUAUAUGUACGGCUGCAAGCCGUAGUACGUCUGUAAGCUCUAGAGAAACUUGUAUCUUGGACAAAAGUGCAGAAUGGGAUCACAACUAUUCGAGAAAUAAUGUUAGCAUUACGAUCGAAAACGAUGGGUCAGGUAUAUUUGACACUCAAAACCCAAAUCACGUGACUCAAAGGGCACGUUCUCAAUCAGAUAAAAAAUGCAAAUUUAUUCUAAUUGAUUCAAAAAAUAUCGUUAUGUUAUCGCCUAUCUCACACACGUCAACUAAUCUCAACUCUAAAAAGGAAAUAGAUUUUGCUGCAAAAAAAAUACAAAAAUUAUCGACAAAUGUAAAAAAUAUGAGAAAGAAGAACAAAAUAUUACAGCAGAAGUUGAGAAGAUAUAAGAAAAAAAUUACUUCAAUGAAAGAAAUGCUUAACCGCGUGCAGAAUAAACUGACGUCGGAUGAUUCUUUGCACGUAAUAAAAGAAGACUUUAUUGAGGAAGAUUUUACGUUACAGAUUUUCGAAAAUAAAGUUAAAAACGAAGACCGAUAAACUAAAGGUUAACGUUACACGGAUGAGAGUUAAGGAAAUUUUCAUCGAAAGAGAUCACGCGUGCACGCUUGAGUUUGACCAUGAUAUUUCGAAAGGAAAUAUGGGGUCCUCUGAAACAAUAGAUGAUAGGCACAUCUACGUAUGGAAGCACGGGGGAUCAUUCAGAAAAGGGAAUCCGUCUAAAGACGACAUCGCACGCGAUUGGAAUAUUGACUUGUUUUUGUUGGUUUCAAUAGGCGAAACGAAAGUGAUCUGUUGGAUCUUUUUUGAAAAGCACGUUACGAGCGACAAGGCUCAGGUAGUAAAAUCUACAAUUACAUAAAUAUUAGCUGACUAGCAUGAUCUACCCAUAAGCUCUUUUAACAUGUGAUAUAUUAAUCUAAGUUUUUUAUAAUACGUGAGUUGUUCGUUACAUGUAAAUACGUAUGAGAACUACGUUGUUUAUUUUCUCAUCCGACAAAAAGCUACAAAAUUUUUUUUAUAUAGAUCUUUGUCACAUGUGUCAAACGUUGCAAGAAAUACUAGCUAGACUAGGCAAAAUAAAGUAAUGAGGGGGUUAUAUCAGAUGGCAAUAUAUUGUUGAGUUGCAUACGUUACAAACGCGAUUAAAAUAAAAAAAUAAUUUAUCUGUAUAUUACUAGGAAAGAUGAUAAAAUAAAAGUGAAAUACGCUGUCUA